UUCACCGAUUCCUGUCCUGAAAAUGUUUCGCGUUGUUUUCCAUGCUAUUUUGGUAGCAAUCUAUUUCCUAUCAAUUGAAAUCAUCUUCAACAAGGGAAUUUGUGAAAGUGGCAAGCGCCGACAAAAUACUGUGAAGACACGCGUAAUGUCCAACGUCAGUCUGGCGCUAUAUUGGGUAAUCAGUUGGUUUACACCUUAUGAAAUUGUAGAAGAUGAAAAAGACUGGGACAUAAUCGACGGCCGUGACGAGAUGGAGUCGUUUCAUUUACAAUGAUGGAAAUGUGAAAACAGAUGUCCAGCAUUUUUGUAAAAAGCGAAACAACUGUUACGUUACCCAUAAAAAAACCACAUAAAGCAAAUAAAACUCGUUGAUAUUAUAAAUACAAUUA